CAACAGUUUGUUUUAAACAAUCAGAAGACAUUAUCAUCAUCCCCAAUGGCUCCCUCUAUUGCUCUCUUCUUCACUUUGGUUCUUCUUACCGGGAUUCAAGUUUCCACUAGCCAUCUCCUCAAGGGCUCUGUCACUUGCCUCGAUUGCAAUGCUCACGAUGACCUAUCGGGCAUAAAGGUCCUAAUCAAGUGUAGCAAUGUGAGAAAAAUGGUUGUGGCGACUACAACGGAAGAGGGUACCUUCGAGACUGACCUCCCAAAGGACUCCACAACUAAAACUACUACACCAAAUUGCCUUGCCAAGAUCCUUGGAGGACCUAGCUUACUUUACACCUCAGGAACAAAGACAAUUUCUAGGGUCACAAAGCUUAAGGAGCAUGAUGAGUACUACACAAAUUCACAGCCUCUCAAUUUCUACACAUCAUGCCCUUCUAAACAGGAAGCAAAAUGCGCAUCCAUGGCGGACAAGGAGUUUGGUUCAUCCAAGACUGUUGAUGUCCCUCUGCCAAGGGAAUGGGGACUUGCACCAUCUAGCUAUUACUUCCCAUUCAUCCCCAUCAUUGGUAUUCCUUGAAUUGAUGAUGAAGAUUAUGCUUUUAAGUUUUCUGGGUGAAAUCCUUGAUGUUUUAAUCAGUAGCCUAAACUAUUAUUAUAUGUCUGUUAUUUGGGUAGAAAGUUAAGAAAAAAAGACUUGUGAGAGUUGGGUGUGUCAUUAUUACCAUUAUUAUUAUAUCUUUUACUGUUUGUGCGUUGUGUAGGGAACGUGUAUUAUAUAUAAAUUACUAUAGUUUUGUCUCUUUUUUGUUUCAAUAUAUACUGAGAAAUUCGUAUGGUGGGAAGACCUUUUAUCUAAAUCUUUUACUGUCAAUUAUUACCCACCUCUACAAAAUAAAUAUCUGUCCUAGACAUAAUCCGUGAUCGACCUACUAAAUUCAAUACUCUCUUUUCUAUGACUGUAUCUUUUACUAUACUUACAGUGAACGUGCCAAUUCUUCUACCAUUUUGCUUCAAAUUAGCUUAAUGAGUUUAGAAGUGGCAUCAAUUUUUAGAACGAGGGCAUUAUUUAGAAAGAUAACUUCGGCGCA